CGUUUCGAGAAGAUGAAAAGGGGAUGCUUACUUUUUUAUAAGUUUGUGCCAACACGGCGAUCCCAACUGAAACUUCCGGACUGCCACAGCUCGUGGAAGAAUACGAUUCGCCGGUGAAAUUUCCACCGGCUUUUGUUUUUGCUAAGCCUUCUUGAGAAGUGCAGUGUCGCAUUUCUCAAAAAUAAAGCAUCAUGCACUCAAAAGUGCUUCUUGUUCUCCUUCUUAGCGUUUUUGUAGCGGUAUUCUGUAAAACAAACCAGGAUACCAUUGACAAAAAUGUCGUGAAUUCUAAGGUGGAACGAAAGCUGGACAUUUCUUCUCAUCUUGUCAAGACCGUGACAACCGUUACGAUAGAAAAUAAAGGUUCAACUGCUGUCCGUUCUUACCUUUUUGCACUUGAUCCUUCCCUGAAAGACAGUCUGUCUUUUAUUGGGGCAGUGACCAAGGAUGACAAGGAGAAACUGGCAGUCAAGUCUACAUCUGUGUCUGGAGAAAGUGGCAAGACCUUCUUCCGAGUUGAACUGCAGCCUGCCCUAGAUGGUGGCAAAACUGUCGCCAUUGAAGUAGAAGCAGUUUUCUCUCAUGUUCUCCAGCCAUACCCAUCAGAAAUUACACAGGCUGAGAAGCAGCUGGUUGUCCUGGAAGCCAGCCUGUACUUCUACUCUCCCUACUCAACCGCCACCCAGACCACGACCGUCACCACUACCAACUCCAACGUUGAGUCGUACACCAAGACCAAGCCUGUGUCUCAGAGCGACACUACAAUCAACUAUGGCCCGUAUGAAGAUAAAGCUCCUUUCUCAGAGGCACCACUGAGAGUCCAUGAGGAAAACAACAGUCCAUUCAUCACCGUGACGACCAUGGACCGGGUGAUAGAAGUGUCUCACUGGGGCAACAUUGCCGUGGAAGAGCACAUUGAUAUGAAGCACACCGGAGCCAAGCUCAAGGGGCCCUUCUCCAGGUUCGACUAUCAGAGACAGCAGGACGGAUACGCCUCGGUGAAGAGCUUCAGGACAAUCCUGCCUGCCUCAGCUCGGGACGUUUACUACCGCGAUGAGAUCGGCAACAUUUCCACUUCCAACAUGAAGGAGCUGGAUGAGUCUGUGGACGUUGAGCUGAGGCCUCGGUUCCCCCUGUUCGGUGGCUGGAAGACAAGAUAUUUCCUUGGCUACAAUGUGCCCAGCUACGAGUAUCUCUUCUUCAAAGGUGAUCAGUAUGCUCUGAAGAUGCGCUUUGUUGACCACAUUUACGAUGACAUGCUUGUGGACCAGCUUCAGCUGAAGAUCAUUCUGCCCGAGGGAGCAAAGAACAUUGAACUGAAGGUGCCUUUUGAUGUUGAAAGAAAGGGUGAUGAAAUCCACUACACCUACCUGGACACUUUGGGUCGCCCAGUUGUUGUACUUAACAAAGUCGGCUUGGUGGAGCAACACAUCCAGGACUUUGAGCUGCACUACACUUUCCCCAAGUACCUGCUCCUCCAAGAGCCCUUGUUGCUGGUCGGCGCUUUCUACCUGCUCUUUUUGAUCGUCAUCAUCUACGUGCGUCUGGACUUUGCCAUUACCAAGGAUGAGGCGAAGGAGAGUCGCAUGCGUGUGUCUAGCCUGGUGGAUGAGGUUCAGAGCAUCCAUGACCGCAGGAGCGCCCUGUACCAGAGCUACGAUGACGCCAUCAACAAGUUCAAGUCCAGCAAGGACCUGGCCGCUUUCCAGAGCAGCCGUAAGAAGAUUGACGCCGACUACAAGCAACUUUCCCAACAGAUUCAGAACCUGCAGGCUCAACUCAAGGCCGAGGGCUCUGAUGCUGCUGAAAAGGUUGGAGAGCUGCAACGCUUCGACAGCCAGUACAAGGAACAGAUCGGCCUGGCCAUCACUUCUGCGGAAAAGCUGGUGUCCGGCAAACUGGGCCGCCAGCAGUACCUGGACGCUGAAUCUGCCACCACUGCCAAGUGUGAAGAUAUCUAUAAGAAAAUGGAAGCUCUGCGCGCAAACUUAUAAACUGAAUAGCUUACACAUCCGUAUGCAGCUCAUACCAUUUAGUUGUUCUGUUUCGAUGGAUUUUAAAAAAUAUAUAUUUUAAAGCACUUUGUUAAUCAUACUUUCCACACAUUGACAGUGUUUAUAAAUAAAGGCGUAUGCUUCAUGUUUGUUUUACUUAAAGAAUUGGAUGUAUGUGUGAGUGAUAUAAUGGCUUGUGACUGUCUUGUGAUCGGUGUUCAGGAAAGGCUCGAAAUGUUCUUUUUGUUUUAGCUGAGUUUUACUUUCUGUCACUCAGUUUGAAUUGUAUGCCUUUAUUUUUUUUUUUAUUCUUCAAUGGCUUUAUAUUUGGUUUUGUUUUAAAUUGUUCCUGUUGUUUUUCCGUUUUUGUAUUUUGACGUUCAGUCAUAGGAAGACAUGGAGUUGUUUGUUGUUCUGUAUCAUCCGAGUUUGAGCUUGAGUGGCAAGUGAGUUAGGUACAGAUGAGGUACAGAUGGCUGAUGCUGUGGUACUUGUUGAAGAGCUCAGAAAGUUUCUUCUGAUUGGCACUUGAUGUUUGUUCAAUAUUUGUGUUAAAAAAAAAUAAACUUAAAAAAUGUAAAA